CCUCCCUGCCUUCUGUUCCGGUUCUCGGCCAUUGGCUGCCUUUCAGUGAGUCUCUCUGCCAUUAGGACCCUGCUGGACGCGGAUUAGGAGGAGAACAGAGAGAGAGAGACGACGGCGACAGCCAUUCCCUCCCGGAGCCUGUUCUGCUUUGGCGGCGCAGAAUUCGCACUCAGGACUCGCGCCUCCAAGGCAGGUGGAAAGGGCACCUCUUGUCAGGGAAGGAAGGGGAAGCUGGGCUCCUCAAGCCGACUCAGGAGGGAGACGGGGAAAGGCAGCAACAACAAUAACAACAACAAGGAGCAGGUUUCCUAGAAGCAGGAGCAAGGCGUCUGGAGGCCUGGAGUCAUCUGGUUUAAUUCAGAAUUAAAAAGGAAAGUCGGUCUGGCAGACUCUGCAGGGCCUGUGCGUUAUUCUGGAGUUCUCUGGCUGUCUGGGAAUCUCUGGGAUAAUCCUUCUAACUAAAUAACAAGGCAUCUGGCAUCCUUUCAUAUGGUACCUACUCUAGGCUUGCCCACUUUAUCGUAUAGUUGCAAUCCACAGUCUGUUUGGAGCUACUUGUAAAUUCCCACUUACGUUUACUCCCAGCACCUUUCUGCGGAUGUCCCAACCAAGCCCCACUUGCUCCCAGAGAGAGAAAGCUCCAUGCAGUGGAACUCUGGGCACUCUCCUGCCUGUUUCAUCUUCAGACAGUGAUUCUGGCUGUGCCCUUGAAGAUUAUCUGGGACCAACCUCAGAGAUUGCCCUAGCAGAGGUGUCAUCAGACUUUGGCAAUCACUCAUCAGAUGCAAUCCCCACUAUCAUUCAGAACCAGCUUCGCAUCAAAACUCUCCUCCAGCAGCUGCCCCCACAAGAUUGUGAUGAGCGAUAUUGUUCAUCCAUUGGGGAAGAAGAGAGGGAGCAGCUACGGACAUUUGCUGCACGGCGACGGCAGGAAUCACUGGGGCAAGGUGUCCGAUGCCUGGUACCCCCCACAACUAAUGAGUACUCAUGCAAAAAAUGUGGUAAGAUGAUAUUUAGAGGUCAACAAGUUGUAUUUACGCCUAAACUGGGAGACCAGUUCUGCUGGCAUCCUUCCUGUUUUGUCUGCCACACCUGCCACGAACCCUUGGUAGAUCUAAUCUACUUCCAUCACCAUGAAAAGAUUUACUGUGGUCGGCAUCAUGCAGAAUUCUUCCGUCCACGCUGUGCUUCUUGUGAUCAGCUGAUCUUUACCACAGAGUGCAUGGAAGCAGAAGGCAUGCGUUGGCAUGAAGAACACUUCUGCUGCCUAGAGUGUGACUUACCCCUUGGGGCACGGCGAUAUGUUAUGAAGGGUGGUCAGCCCUGCUGCUGUGCUUGCUUUGAGAGUCUAUAUGCAGACAUCUGUCAAGCCUGUGGAGAGAUCAUUGGGGUCGACAGUGAACAGGCCACCCUCCAGGGUCAACACUGGCAUGCCAAAACCUCCUGUUUCUGCUGCAGCCUGUGCCAAAAAGCACUGGUAGUAGACCAGCCAGUUAUCACUCAGAAUGGCCUCCUCUUCUGCUCUGAAGCUUGUAGCUUGGAGAAGGAAUCCACUUUGUCGUUCAGUGGCUCAGAUUCCUCUGACUCUGCUUUCAUCUCUGCACCAUCCCCUGACUCCACACCUCUCUCCAGAGUUAGAAACAGUAACACUGGCUGCUCCACUGAAGCUGCAGGAACCAGCUGUGAAACCAGCAAGGAAAUUGCAGGUGCAGACGCAAUGGAAAGUCUUUACCCAAGUGGGAAUUCUUCAAUAGGUCCUGAAUGUGGCAGCCAGGAAGAAGCAGAUAUUGUUUUCAGGAGCAGAAUGCUUUCCCCACAACAUGAUGAAUGUGAGUCAUUGAUUGGUUCUCUACAAAAAGCAGUGCAGAUCUCCACAUCUUCUCUAGAAGCAGCUUGGAGCUCAACAAGUCAGAGGGAGGACCACAGCUUGGGAACCACUCUCCUGCAAGCAUCUCAGCAACAAGUUGGAGACCAUCACUUCAGAAGUGGCCUUUCUGUAGCACCCCAUGCAGCAGUGUUAAACAUGGACGUCCCAGAGACCUCACUAAAAGACAGUACUGCUGAGCAGGAAGCAGUAGUAGAACAAGGCGACGCUUGGUGCCCAAAUUGGUCAUCCUCUUCUGAUUCUGAGUCUGAGCCAGAAGGCUUCUUCUUUGGGAAGCCAAUUCCAAAGCCUAGGGCCAGGCACAUUUCUCUGCCCGGUAUGGAGCAGGAAACACUUGGCAAAGGAACACGGUGGGCAACCAGAGCAAGGACAAACAGCAAACACUGUAGUAUAGCCUAACAGGGUAGUGCUCAGACAUCUGAAGAGUAGGUCAGAAGAUAGAGAGCAGUGUAGUGCCAUGAGCAGACACUUUAUGUAGCAAAACAGGGUGGAGAGAAGAGGAGGAAUUAGAAGACCAUCACCCUAUGGGUGCAGAGCAAAAUGCCCAGUAAGUGUAGGCUAACUCAGGAACACGUGGGUACAGGUGACCUGAGAUGCAGGAUUGCUAUGGAUGCAGAGCAGAGGUAGGAAUCUUGUAGCUGUCCAGAUGUUGCUGAACUACAGUUUCAAUCAUUUCUUACCAUUAGAAAUGUCAAUGCUGCUGGGAGUUGCAGUAAAAAACUCUAGAAAGAUA